AUUGAACCUUACCGUACAUACACUUUCAACGUUUUUCCUACAUUCCUCGGAAGUCGAUACCACCGUUUAACUUUCACAUUAGCCAAAAUUUUAAUCUCGAGACAUUUUUGAAGCGAUCGAUAAUCGAAAUACCACAAUCGCGCCGGCACCGGGUUCAUUAAUAUUUUUCACCGGUCAUCGCACACAAUUACUCUCAACUUUUACACGAGAAUAGGGGAGGAUGCCCGCGGCCAUAGAUGGCCCGACAGUUGCUCUGUCGUUCGCCAACAACUUCUGGGGCAAAGAUGACGCCGGUGUAGGUCCAUUGCUCGAUCGCAUGGCCUCUGCGAAGCAGACCAGCGACGAGCUCAGAUCUUUUUAUAGCGCUCGCUCCUCCAUCGAAGACGAAUACGCACGCAAACUCAUGUCGCUAUGCCGAAAGCCGCUAGGUACUCACGAGAUGGGAAGCCUAAGAUUGUCUCUAGAUACCGUACGAGGAGAAAUCGAGUCGAUGGCCAAACAACAUGCAAACAUAGCUGCCCAAAUGAAAACCGAAUUGGAAGAGCCGUUAGCUGCUUUCGCUGGAGGGAUGAAAGAAAGGCGGAAGAUCGUCCAAAAUACGGUGGAAAAAUUGCUCAAGAUCAAAAUACAACAAACCAAUCAGGUCAACAAGACUCGUGACCGUUAUGAGAACGAUUGCUUGAAAAUUAAGGGCUAUCUUGCCCAAGGUCACAUGGUCAUGGGCCAGGAGGAACGAAAAAACAAGGCCAGAUUAGAAAAGACACAGAUCAGCCUCGCUACAUCCAACACGGAAUAUGAAAAUGCAGUGAAGGUGCUCGAAGAAACAACCGCCAGGUGGAACAGAGAAUGGAAGGCCGCCGCCGAUAAGUUCCAAGACCUAGAGGAGGAGAGAUUGGAUUUCACAAAGAGUAGCUUAUGGACAUUUGCCAAUAUCGCCUCGACUGUUUGUGUUAGCGAUGACGCAUCAUGCGAGAAGAUCCGCCUGUCUCUUGAGAAUAUGGACGUCGAGAAGGAUAUCAUCAACUUCAUCAGUGAAAGGGGCACUGGUCAAGAAAUUCCCGACCCGCCCAAGUAUAUCAACUUCUGCCGUGGUGAUGUAGAAGACCAUCAUUCUGAGGUUUCAGACGAUGAGAAUUAUUCGGUGGCACAAUUCCCACGAAGUAUCAAUCCUGCUUUCCGUACCUCCUCACCGCAGCCAUCGACCUUCGAGUCGCAUCACGACCCUAAUUCAGCUCUCGCUAGAGACCUAGCGCAUCAGGAACCACCCGCCCCUGCUGCCAGAGAGCCGGCGAUAGCCUCACAAAAGACAUCAGGCGCAGUUGUCUCCCAACAAGACCAACGGCAAAGAGGUGCUAUACAGCAACAGCAGCAGCAGCAGCAAUACCCGAGGAGUAUCAAUCCCGGAUUCCGUGCUCCUUCACCUCAGCCAUCCACCUACGAAUCUCAUCAUGAUCCCAAUUCUGCCCUUGCCCGGGACCUUCAACGUCGCGACCUUGAUCCUCCUGCUCCUCGAGAUUUACGUCGCAACGACACGAAUCCCCCAUAUUCUCGAGAACUGCAACGCAGUGAACCUAAUUCCUCAUACUCUAGAGAUUUACAACGCAUUGAGAUUAAUCCAGCUUAUUCUCGUGAUCUCACCCCCCGCGACUUACAGCCUCGAGAUUUAACACCCCGCGAACUUCAAACCCGGGACCUACAGCCACGGGAACUCCAAACUCGCGAUUUACAACCUCGAGAAUUACAAACUCGGGAUAUACAGGCUCGAGAUUUACAGCGUCACGAGCCAGAACUCUCUCUCACUAGAGACCUGCAGCGCCACGACCCUAGCCCACUCACCCCGCGGGAUAUGGCUCGUAGCGAACCUCCCAUUUCCAGCAAAGAGCCAAUUGGUUUACCACAGAAAGCCUCAGGAUCUGUAGUAGCCCCACAAGAACGACGACAAGGAAGCACCAGUACACAGCAGUACGACGCCUCUCAAUUUGCAGCGGUUCCACACGACCCAUAUCCUAUGGACGGGAUGACUAUGCUGUGUCGUACAGACGGUAUGAACUCUGCAACCAGCUCCAACCUGUCAGCACGGCCAUCAAGCCGUGAUGAUAACAGCGAAUAUUCGAACCCGACGUCGUUCUCUAGUCAAGAACCACCGAGCGGCAAGGUAUCACCUAUAAAACAGGAGCCAGUAGUAGUAGCGCAGCCAGAAAAGCGCAUGAUGAAGAAAAAGAGCGGCUUCUUCCAGAACCAUAGUCCAUUCCGUAGGAAGAGUGUUAAGGACAUACAACAGCCGCAACAGUCAUCGAAUCGAAACACCUGGGGCCCUGUGGCUACCACGUCUUCCCAGAGCACUCCUAUUUCUCGACGUCCCCAAGUUUAUCAACCCCCAGAGCCUCAAACCGUAAUUCCAGACAGGAUAGAAAAGACAGCUAGCCCUGAGCCUAUCGAGGCCAAUGCAAGUCUAGCCCUGAAUAUUGGGCAAAAUGUGUUUCCUGUGGCCAAUACAGAUAAGCGCAAGAAGGCUGCUGCUGCUGAGAGUGAGCCUGCUCCUCGGGAGCAAGAUCCUAUUGCCGCAGCUCUUGCGGAACUCAAGGGUGUUGGUGUUGGUGGUAAUAAGCAAGCUGUAGGAAGGAUUUCAGCAGAUCACUAUCAUGGCAUUGCUACGCCUCAGCCGGACCGACCUGCACCAGAGAGGACCAUACCCGAUCGAACUGCGCCCGACCGAUCUCCUGCCAUGUCCCGAUCCGUCCCUGUCCCUAGAGCGAGCACUGAUGCGGCUGCAGGUAUGAGAGGAACACCGCCACCGUCGUAUGAUCAACAAGUGCAGAGGCUGGGAGUCCCUCCUCCAGCUGUUACUUCCAAGGCAAUGCAAGAGGCAUCGCGGAAGUAUGUGGAACAGACGAGAGACAUUUUUAGUGCAAGACGUCCGGGAUCUGGUGUCUACAGCCAUUCUUUUAACAGCAGUACCUCUUCUCGACCUGCGACCAGAGGCAACGAGAUGCCCCGCGCAGCAUCACCAGCAGCCCCGCGCAGCGCUUCCCCACAACCGCAGGCUAGAACCCACCAAGAAACGCGGCAAAGCCAAAGCUACCGCUCAGCGUCACCAAACCCUUACAGCAGCAGCCAGACACGUAACUCACCAGCGGCUUCACCAAGUUCAUAUGGCGGUAGUCGACAACGGGAGUCUCCAGCGGCAUCGCCGAGUUCUUAUGGUGCCUCGCGCAACUCGCCGCAGGCGACUAUGUCUGUUAAACGUGGCUCGGAGUCAGGAUAUUACGGACACAAUUCUCCCAAUAACUCGAUAAGAGCGACAUCCCCAUCGCCAUACAGAGGCGAUUACAGCCGACCAACUAGUAGGGCCGGAGAAAUGGCUAUGCAGCUUGCCCCAGUCAACGGAGAAGGAUCUGUCUACGGAUCGAUGCGUGGAAGAGGUAAUGGAAGACCUGAUACAAGUUCCAGUUCACGAGCCAUGACUUUCUAUGAUGGACGAGACCCUGUAGCAGAGACUUCAAGACAACGAAGUAAAAGUGUUGCGGAUCCGAGCAGACAGUACACACCGGAUGGCCGUGCUAUUCUACAUUAUGCUCGAGCACUAUACAUGUACCAAGCAGCAAUUCCCGAAGAGUUAGGGUUCGCCAAAGGCGAUACUCUAGCUGUUCUUCGACACCAGGACGAUGGAUGGUGGGAGGCCGAGAUUCACUCGGGACAAGGCGUUGGCAGAGGUGGGCUGGUGCCUAGUAAUUAUCUGCAACCUUGUUAAAAUUCAUCAUAAGGGGGGUCAUUGGUUUUGCUCUUGCUCUUGGUUGACGAGACAAAGAUUCAUACGACUCAUGAAAGUUAAUACUGCUUCAGAUGUUUCGGUGGGAUAUGUGAAUAGGCAUGUCGCGGGGAGGUGAUGGACAACAUAUGGUGUCUUAUAAGCAGGCAGGCGAGCAGGUAUAUGGGUGCUUUUUUACUUCUUUUUUUAUGAGUUCUUGGUCAUUUCUUCUUGCUAAAGCAGGCUUGCACCUUGCAUGUGUUCAGGAGAGCAUUCUGUGUAAGUCAUUAUUCUUUGCCAAUUUCAAGGCAGGGCAAUCAUUCAAGGAUUGGGGAGUUUUAACGAGAUUGCAUUUUAAUAUAUAUACCACAUAAACCAGUCCUGUUCGUUCGAUUUAUUGCGAUAUGUCAUGAAUUUUGAGAUUGAACCAUUGUGUAGAAAUAAGGAAAAGAUAAGAU